GUUCGUUUUGCCACCGAAUCUGCAUCUCUUUCUUUCUGCUUCGAAAUCCACCUACCCCGACAGAACUACACAUCCUGCCAAAACACAAUGUCAUCGUCAAGCUGGAAGAGCAAAUACGAGGACUAUGACGAUGACGAUGCAGACGAGAACAUUCUAACCGAUGCCCAGGAAACACAAUGGAGUAGUCGCGAUAGUAUUCUGUUCGUAAUCGAUUGCUCUCCCGCUAUGCUUAAGGCCUCCGAGGACGGCGAAAUUCCUUUCUACACGGCAAUCAAGUGCGCCAUGACCGUACUCCUCAACAAGAUCAUCAGCAGUGAGUCGGAUUUGGUCGGCAUCGUUUUGUACGGUACACAAAAAUCAAAAAAUGCGAACAAUUCUGAACACAUUUACGUGCUCCAGAACCUGGAGAUACCGGACGUGAACAAGAUCCAGCAGUUAGAAGGCAUUGAUGACAGAUCCAUCAACUUUGACGAAGAGUUUGGAACCAGCAAUGGGCAGUACACGCUAGGCGAGGUUUUCUGGACCGCGAGCAACCUUUUCGGAAGCAGCGCUCAGAGAGUCGGAUCCAAACGCCUGUUCCUUUUCACAAAUGAAGAUGAUCCCCAUUUAAAUGACAUCAGCCUGCGAAGCGCUUCUAAAGUUCGUGCCAAGGAUCUACAAGAUUUUGGCAUCAAGCUUGAGCUUUUUGAUAUGGACAAGCCGGAUGAAAAAUUCAAUCGAAAGAACUUUUACAAGGAUAUUCUAAUUGAUGGAAUUGACGACGAUGAUGAAGAGGGCGCACCUUCAGAUGGUACAUCAGCGAAACUGGGCGAACUUCUACAAAGAGUCCAGCGAAAGGAAGUAAAGAAGCGCGCUAUGUUUAAUAUUCCUCUCAAGCUGGCGCCGGGUCUGGAAAUCGGCGUCAAGGGCUACAACCUCGUUAUGCAACAGACAAAAGGCCCGCACAGGAACGUCUACACCUUGGGAGAGGCCAUUCGGGAAGUUCAAACCGUCACCUCAUGGAUCUGCGCAGACACAGCCCAAUACAUCAUGCCAGCUGACAUGAAAUACUACUGGGAGUUUGGAGGCGUCAAGGUCGUUUUCACAAAGGAGGAAAAGGCCGCCAUGAAGACGUUUGGGCCUCCAGGACUCGCUCUGAUCGGAUUCAAGCCUAGGAGUGCGAUCCAGAUGAACCACAACGUCAGCCACGCCAUGUUCCUAUAUCCAGACGAGAGAUCAUACGAGGGCAGUACACGUGCGUUUUCGUCCCUGCUGAAAUCGAUGGCCGAAAUGGACAAGGUCGCUAUUUGCUCGUUCACUCAGCGCGCUAAUUUUGGCACACGCCUCGUGGCCCUGUUCCCACAGUUGGAAGUCGUAGGCUCAAACGGUCAAGAGCAGCCUCCCGGUCUUCAGUUGAUUCCCCUGCCAUGGGCGGAUGACAUUCGGCCGCUUCCUAUUCAAACGGAUUUCACGCCCCCCACGGACCUCAUUGACGCUGCGAAGGCCUUCAUCUCGAAGCUGAACAUGAAAAAGGGCUUUAACCCUGACAACUAUGAGAACCCAUCGCUGCAGAAGCACUAUAAGGUCUUGCAGGCCACAGCACUCAACCAACCUGACAUGGACAUCGAUGAUAAGACGCUCCCAAAGACCGAGCAGAUGCACACACGUGCUGGAGUAUAUAUACAAAACUUCAAGGAUGUCGCAAGUACUGUCGAGUCGCCUGAACCAACAUUCGACCCUUCGCUUUCGUCUUCCAAGAGAUCUUCGCAAUCGCUGUCGCAAGGGUCGACCUCUGCCAAGAGAGCAAAGAACAGUCAGCCAGAUGGCAGCGCGGGGUUGAUAGAGGAUAUGAAGUCCAAGUACGAUAGCGGCCAACUCAACAAGGCAACUGUUGCAACUCUAAAGGAGUUCCUUAACUCUGUAAAUGGGAAGCCCAGUGGGUCCAAGAAGGCGGAUCUGAUCAGCCAGGUGGAGGCGUAUUUUGGCAAUUGACGUGGGUGAUAGUUGGCCUUAUUCAACAAACAAAAUAAAGACAUGGAGGAUACAAUGGCAGGUGUUGUGGAUCCUACAAUAGCUUAAGAUAAUGGAAUAAUGGAAGCUGGCAAGGCAGACAAGGCAGCAAAAAAGUGGGACACGGAGGCACGCCACUUGAA